GGGGCUGAUUGCUCCAGUGGUAACAACUUGCUUCUUUAGUCUCUCCCAUGAGAUCAAAAAGCGUUGUUAGGAAGUGGGUAGAGGACAACGGAAAAGACUGCAGCCCCGCUGAAGGAGUAGGUAGUGCUGGUGCAGCCCAGAGUGAUCUCACAGCCUCCCUUCCUCUCCCAGGUUAUUUUUGGUCUUUGUGACCUGUAGGUUUCCUGUUAGUUGGAACAGAAGCACAGGAACUUGUUCCCACUGCGGAAUAAAAGCCAGAAGUCUAACAACCCAUUCCUCUUGGCCUUUCGGCUCUUCAAGAAUCCAGGGACCUAGAUUAUGCUAUGUUAGUGGCCUCCUGUAGCGAACUACUUAAAAAAAAAAAAUUUCAUAAUCCCCCCCACUUUCCUGUAUCUGACUAUGAAACUCCUGGAACCCUCAUAUAGUAAGGGUGUCUUUUUCCCGCCUGAAACGACUUGCCUAUUACCGUCUUCUCCCCUCCUGGACGCCUUACAUGCAGGUCUUUUGUGAUCAAACCGAAUGCACUGAACCGCACGGUGGACGAGAGAAGGGUCAGCCCCUGUCACGUGAGAUCCAUUUUAGUCGAUUUCUUAAAAAAAAAAAAAACUCUCCGUACGCAUGCGCCUAACUCCCCGCUAGGUGGGGAACUGGCCUCUAAACUCCGCCCCACGGUCCAGCUCCGCCCCCCUGCUCAGGAGUCGCAGGUCCUCAUUGGCGAGCGAUGUACUGGGAUGUUGACCUGGGCGGCCAGGUGCUGACACUCGGAAUGAUAAAAUAAAUCAUCCACGCGGAGGGUGGAGCCCCGCAGAGGUGGAGCUCUAACCCAGCGCCGCCCCUAGCUCCGAAGAAGGAACCUUAAGACUGUGCGUUCUGUUGCGCCCCGACUUAGGCGCGCUCCUCUGAGUCGUCGGAGCCACGCCCCUGGACUCUUAUCUGGGGGCUCAGCCGCCGGCCUGGGAUUCACCAGUAAUUCGCCCCUCUAAGGAAAAGGCGCAGGCGCCCCACGCAUUCUCUUUGAAGCUUCCCAGGCAUCAUCGCUCCUGCAGGAACUCUGCGCCCGCAGCCUCAUUACCUGCCAAAUGGCGCCAAGGGCCCAGCCCCCCGACGGGGGCUGGGGAUGGAUGGUGGUGCUCUCAGCGUUCUUCAUGUCGGCGCUGGUGUUCGGGGUGCUGCGCUCGUUCGGCGUCUUCUUUGUGGAAUUUGUGGCGGUGUUUGAGGAGCAGGCAGCGCGGGUCUCUUGGAUUGCCUCCAUAGGAAUCGCGGUGCAGCAGUUCGGGAGCCCAAUGGGCAGUGCCCUGAGCACGAAGUUCGGACCCAGGCCCGUGGUGAUGACAGGGGGUAUCUUGACUGCGCUGGGGAUGCUGCUCGCCAGCUUCGCUACCUCCUUGACCCACCUCUACCUGAGUAUUGGAUUGCUUUCAGGCUCUGGUUGGGCCUUGAGCUUCACUCCGACGAUGGCCUGCCUGUCACGUUACUUCUCUCGCCGGCGAUCUCUGGCCACAGGGCUGGCACUUACUGGAGUGGGCCUCUCUUCUUUUGCCUUUGCCCCUUUUUUCCAGUGGCUGCUCGUCCACUAUGCCUGGCGAGGGGCCCUAAUGCUGGUAUCUGCCCUUUCCUUACAUCUGGUUGCCUGUGGUGCUCUCCUUCGCCCACUCUACCUUACUGAGGAUCCUGUUGUGGGUGGCCCUGGGGUCCAGCUUGCCUCCUUACUUCGCCAUGGCCCCUUCCUCCGUUAUGCUAUUGCUCUCACCAUGAUCAACACUGGCUACUUCAUUCCCUAUGUUCACCUGGUGGCCCAUCUCCAGGACCAGAAUUGGGACCCACUUCUUGCUGCUUUCUUCCUCUCGGUGGCUGCUAUUUCUGACCUUGUGGGGCGUGUGCUUUCUGGGUGGCUAGGGGAUACAAUCCCAGGGCCUGUUGCACGACUCAUGGUGCUCUGGACCACCCUUUGUGGGAUAUCAAUGGCCCUGUUCCCUGUGGCUCAGAGUUUCACAGCCCUGAUGACUUUGGCGGUGGCCUACGGAUUCACAUCAGGGGCCCUGACCCCAGUGGCCUUCUCCAUGCUGCCUGAACUGGUGGGGACUGGAAGGAUAUACUGUGGCCUGGGACUGAUGCAGAUGGUAGAGAGCAUCGGGGGGCUACUAGGGGCUCCUCUGUCAGGCUACCUCCGGGAUGUGACAGGAAACUACACAGCUUCUUUCAUGGUGGCUGGGGCCUUUCUCCUUAUGGGGAGUGGAGUUCUCAUCACCCUGCCCCACUUCUGCUUCUCAGUUGCUACCUCCAAGCCUCAGGACCUUGUAACAGAUGCAUUGGAUACCAAAGCUCCCCUGCCCAAGGAAGGGCAGUCAGAUCCAGGAAGUCAGAAUUUGGCAGUACCAGGUGUCUUGACUCAUUUUGGUGCCCAUGGAACUACAGAACCUUAAACAUCUUAACCCAUGUCCCCCAGAGCAGGGCAGGGUUUCCUGUGAUGUUUAUGCCAACUCUUUGUAUUUUGUUGAGACUCAUCUGUUUACUGUCACCGUCUUUCCUGAAGAAUUCAGGAAUUUGGUCUGCUCCACUUGAAAAUCAAAGGUUAAGAGACUAUUUUACAUAUUC